AUGAAGGUCUCCGUGGCUGCCCUCGCCGUUCUCCUCAUCGCUGCCUUCUGCUCCCUGGCCUUCUCCGCGCCAAUUGGCUCUGACCCCCCGACUGCCUGCUGCUUCUCCUACACAGCCCGGCAGAUCCCCCGCAACUUCGUGAAGGAUUAUUACAGCACCAGCAGCAUGUGCUCCCAGCCGGGCAUAGUGUUCACCACGAGGAAGGGCCGUGAGCUCUGUGCCAACCCCAGUGAAUCCUGGGUUCAAGAGUACGUGAACGACUUGGAACUGAACUGA